ACCGAAUCCAGCCUAAACGAAUUUAAAAAUUGCACUCGCGAGCGAGAAGUGACUAGAGCACUAAUCAAGAGAUGACCGAUCCAUCGUCGGUACAUCCCAGAAACCGACACGAGCCUAAAGAAACUCGAGGAAAGGUUGCGAGUGGCUGGACAAAAGACAUUGUGUCCACUACUGACCCCAAAGUAACCCCAAAUAAGUUAAUUGGACUGGGGGGUCCGUUCUCUACCCUUCUAUUCUCAAACGAAAGCAAACUGUGCCUGCAUGGUAGCUCCAGAAGAGGAUUAGUCUUCAAAACACCAGUUUUUACUGAAACUGUUAGUUAUCAACGACAUAGAAAUAAUUUUAAGGGUUCGAGUCGUUCCUUACGUGAGAUUUAUCGACGAAAACAUUUUGCUAAUGCAGGACGAUUCUUACGAAUAUGAUGCAGGUUCUGUACGGAUCUCAAAAUGGCCGCUGUGGAUUUGACAUCGCGUAGAUUAGAUUUAAAUCGUAUCGAGUGUCUAAAGGUCACGAAAUCGGCUCUCAAAAUGGCGUUAAUAGAAGAAUGUGGUAGCAGCGAACAAGAUCUAGUGAAGAAAGUGAUUCGAUGGAUGGAAAAGCGUUUUUUUGCUCGCUGGUAUAUUUUAAUUUAUAUCAUAUCAAGCAAUCAUUUAAGAAGUUUGAAUAGCCUUCAUUCUUUUGAUAAAAUUCGUGAUAAUCAAUCGGUAUUAUCGACAUUAGUAAUUUUUUUUAAUUAGAUUCUCAUUUUAUUAUAUAUAUACAUCCAAAAAAAUUAUCAUUUCAUUUCAUUUUUUUCCCAAUCUUUUUACAGUUUUUAGACAUUUUGAAAAAAAUUGGGUUUAUUGAUACAAAUAAUUUUCCAGAAGCCGUCAUCGAUUUCACGUGUAAAUAAAAGGUUACUCAAGGUCAAAUUUGUGAUUUUUUUUUUCUAGAUUUUUACCAUAUCCAAUUAGUUAUAAUAAAAAAAUUUCGUACCAUUCUUUGACCGUUAUUUUUUUCGACUAUUUUGACUGUACUAUUAUUGAAAUUGGAAUUUUAUUUUAUACAUAACACGUGUACUACUCCUUUACAAACAUUUUUGUACAAAUUUAUUAUUAUUUAAAUUCCCAGCAAAUAUUCUCAAAUCCAUCCCUGUAUAUUAUUCCAGCGUUUUGUAAUCACUGUGAAUUUAUCGCGUUCGGGAUAAUUUUCAAGUUAAGUUGAACUAAAUGUUCUUUUUUAUUACCUUGAAACGAUUUUAAUCAGCGGAAUUAGAAAAAUAUCAAUUUCACAAUAGUUUUUUCCUGUUCUUUUUUAAACCAAUUUCCAGUCGCUUAUUUCGAAUGGAAAAGCAUUGUCCUUAACGGUUAAUUCAUUUUUUUCAUUACAUAAUUAAUAAGAAAUAGCUUAAAAUCUUUUUUAAAUGGUUCUUCAGUGAAAUAAUCCACCCAUAAUGGAUUUAGGAUUUACUCUAACCCUAGAUAAUCCUAAAAGAAAUGCCAAUGUAUUCUCAAGGAUAUUCUUCGGAUGGGUGAUUCCUAUGAUUAAAAGAUGCGUAAGACACAAUUUGGAAAUCGAGGGUUUAUAUCGAGUGUUGGAAAAAGAUCAGUCUGAAUUAUUAACAGAUAAAAUAGAAAGAUAUUGGGAUGAAGAAGUUAAAAGGGCCAAACACAAAAAAGUGAAACCCAGUUUGAUGAAAGUAAUAAUCAAACAGUUUUAUGGUGAAAGUAUGGUGUAUGGUUUCCUUUGGUUUUUCUCUAAUGUCUUUGUUUUAUGUUUAAGACCAAUAAUUCUCGCGAAACUGAUCAAAUUAUUUUUGAAUAAUGGCGAUAGGAAUAUAGGCGAUAUGUAUUAUUAUGGUCUGGGUUUAAUAUUGACAUCGUUUUUAUCUUUGCUCAUUUUGCAUCAUACUAUGUUUUCUAUGGGUGCGGUUGGGAUGAGAAUACGAGUAGCUCUAUCAUCUUUGCUUUACAGAAAGAUAAUUCGUUUAAAUCAGAAAUCUUUAGGUCAAACAGCUUCCGGUCAAAUAGUCAAUUUAUUAUCGAACGAUAUGGUCCGUUUCGAUUUAUCUUUACCUGUGAUACACGGUAUUUGGGUGAUGCCCUUUCAAGUCGUCGUUUUACUAUUCGUAGUAUACAGCCAAGUGGGAAUUGCAUCCGUAACCGGGAUAGUAACCAUGGUGGUAGUAACAGUACCCCUACAAUCUUUUCUUACAAAAUUCGUGGGACGUUUACGUGAAAGUAUUUCGAAAAGAACCGAUGGCAGAGUGAAAUUAAUGAGCGAAAUCAUAGCUGGCAUACAAGUCAUCAAGAUGUACGGUUGGGAAAAACCUUUUGAAAAAUUGGUCGAAUUAUCUAGGUGUUACGAAAUGAAGGAUAUAACGUCUGCUACAUAUUUAAGAGGAGUUUAUUCGAGUUGUAUGGUAUUUUCAGAUAGAUUAUGCCUAUUUACCACCAUCAUCACUUUUAUCCUCAUCGGAAACGUCAUUUCUGCCGAUAUAGUGUUUUCUUUGGCGCAAGCGUUCAGUUUACUACAACUAGCAAUGGCCGUGUUUUUUCCUUUGGCUUUAAGUACAUUUGUGGAAACUUUGAUAUCUAUUAAAAGAUUAGAAUCGUUUUUGGUUAUGGAAGAGAAAGAAGAAGAUAUAAUAAAAGAUAUAAAGAAGACUGGUGUGACUAUUGUGGACGUGGUUGCUUCGUGGACGGACUUGGGGCAUACGUUAGACGAUAUUAAUCUCAAAAUACCAGCUGGUACUUUAUGCGCGAUAGUUGGGCCGGUAGGGGCGGGAAAAAGUUCCUUACUACAGUUAAUUUUGGGGGAAUUACCCGCCACGCGUGGUACUGUUCAAGUUGGAGGUAAUGUUUCUUACAGUUCCCAAGAACCGUGGUUGUUUCAGUCGACAGUUCGAAACAAUAUUUUAUUCGGUAAUCUUUACGAUAAAAAAUGGUAUGCUAAAGUUAUCAAAGUCUGUGCUUUGGAAAGAGAUUUUGAACAAUUUCCACACGGUGAUAAAACUAUUGUAGGUGAAAAAGGAGUGUCUUUAAGCGGAGGACAAAGAGCUAGAAUUAAUCUGGCUAGAGCUAUAUAUAGAAAAGCUGAUAUCUACUUAUUAGAUGAUCCUUUAUCAGCUGUUGAUACCCACGUGGGAAAACACCUGUUCGAACAGUGUAUUUUCCAGCAUUUACAAGGAAAAACCAGAAUUCUAGUUACACAUCAACUACAAUAUUUAAAAAAAGCCGAUUUGAUUAUAGUUAUGAACGAAGGUUUAAUCGAAGCUCAAGGAACAUUUCAAGAGCUAACCAGUUGUAAUUUGGAUUUUACGAAAUUAUUAGUGAAAGCAGACGAGACUGAUGAAAAGAAAGAAGAAGUUCCUCCACCGGAAACUACUAAUUUUGAAACAACUAGACGAUUUUCGUCAUCUACGGAAGGAUCAAGGAAAUUUUCACUCACUUCAGACGGUGGAAGGAAGUUUUCGUCCGUAUCUGGUAGAAAAAUGUCAACAAUUUCAUCUGCUAGCAGCGACACUUUACAAGAAGACGACCAAAUCGCAGAAGAAGAAUCAGGCGAGGAUCCGAACAGUAAACCUCUUUGGAGCUACAUGUCCUCGACCAGAAACAUCGCAUUAGUUUCCUUCGUGAUAUUUCUCCUAGUAGGAUCCCAAGCGGUACUUGUAGCGAUCGACCAAUGGUUAACAAGAUGGACAUCCCAAGAACAACUACGACAUUCGGACGGGUUAAUUUACGUCACACCGCCUCCCCGCCCCGAAGUAGGCGGAGUUACAAAUAGCACAACCCUCCGGAUGGGUACCGCCCCUAUUCGGUACGGAAACGGCACCGAUGGUUCUUCGAACAGGACGAGUUCUGAUGGCGGUACCGGUUUUUUCUUUCCCUCAAUCGACAUCGACGAUUUGUACGAUUUCGUCUUAUUGAACGACGGUACCGUGGAGAGAUUGAUCAAAACGACGUACGCCAUGUACAUCUACGGGGCUCUGUUGAUAUUGGCCGUUUUGUUUGUUAUAAGCAGAACGUUUUUAUUCGCGAAAGCUUGUAUGUUAUCGUCGAAAAAUCUUCAUUCCAUGAUGUUCCAUAAGUUACUCAAAGCUCCGAUGAGGUUUUUCGAUACCAACCCGAGCGGGAGGAUUUUGAACAGAUUUUCGAAAGAUAUCGGCGCCAUAGACGAGGUACUACCGAGGGUUCUAUUAGACGCUCUGUCGAUUUUUUUGAUACUGGCUGGGGUUCUGGUUAAUAUUGUUAUUUCGAGUCCUUUUAUGGUGAUAAUCCUCGUUAUUUUGGGUAUAGUUUAUUUAAAAUUCAGAGAUUGGUAUUUGGUGACUGCUAGAACUCUAAAACACAUAGAAGGUAUCGCUAAAUCCCCCGUAUUUUCUCAUAUAAAUUCGACCCUUAAUGGAAUUGUUACUAUUAGAGCCUCGAAUGCGGAAAACGUUCUCAUAAAUGAAUUCGACUGUCACCAAGAUGUUCACACGUCUGCGUGGUACUACACCAUAGCUUCCAUGAACGCAUUCGGUUUUUGGUUAGAUCUGAUCGUCAUGGUACUGCUCGCGGUGGUUACUUUCAGUUUCGUCAUAUGGGACACCGUUAGCACCGUAGAUGGCAGUAUAGCCGGUCUGGCCAUUUCUCAAUGCAUGGUACUAACGGGGGUUCUACAAUUCGGUACCAAACAACUCGCCGAAGUUAUAAAUAAUUUAACAAGCGUCGAUAGGGUUUUGCAGUAUACGAAAAUCGAUAACGAAGGGCCGUUCGAGACGCCGAGAGAUAAAAGACCGAAGGGUACUUGGCCGAGAAGGGGAAACAUAGAAUUCAAAGGGUUGUGUUUGAGGUACAUCGCCGAUGAUCCGCCGGUGUUGAAAGAUUUGAAUUUUGUCAUAAGGCCCGGGGAAAAGGUCGGUAUAGUGGGACGAACCGGAGCCGGAAAAUCUUCUCUAAUUUCCGCUCUAUUUCGAUUGGCUCCCUUGGAAGGUUCUAUCCUGAUAGAUAGAGUCGAAAUACAAAAUUUAGGACUGACGGAUUUGCGAAAGAAGAUUUCCAUAAUACCCCAAGAACCGGUUUUGUUUUCCGAAACUCUACGAUACAAUUUGGAUCCUUUCGGCGAAUUCGACGACGACAAGAUCUGGGACGCGCUAGAAUUGGUCGAGUUGAAAGAAAGCGUGGAUUCUUUGGAUUUCAUGGUAGCAGAAGGCGGCGCCAAUUUCAGUCUCGGUCAAAGGCAAUUGAUCUGUUUGGCGAGAGCUAUUUUGAAAGACAACAAAAUCUUGAUACUGGACGAAGCUACAGCCAACGUAGAUCAAAGAACCGAUUCUUUGAUCCAAGCGACGAUACGUAAAGCGUUCAAAGACUGCACGGUACUGACCAUAGCGCACAGAUUGAACACCAUCAUGGAUUCCGAUAAAGUUCUGGUGAUGAGUUUCGGUAAUAUGGUGGAAUUCGAUCAUCCCCAUAACCUUCUACAAAUCGAAGACGGUUAUUUCCAUAAAAUGGUGAUGGAAACGAGUCCCGGAAUGGCGGAAGAACUUAAAAAAGUAGCCAAAAAGGCCUACGAGAAACGCGUAGCAGAAGAAGACAACUGAUUCCGUUUCGAAUGUGUGUAUUUAUUUUUGGUUUAUUAAUAAAUUUAUUUGGAUAAAA